AUGCAGACUCUAAAGUUACUCCUCCUGGUCGUCACCGUGAGCGUAACCAAAGCCGUGCUGACUGAUAGAACACCCGUUGUGGAAAGCGACAAAACCGUGCUCAACCCGCUGAAAGCGCAGCUGUGUACUCUGUUUAUCAUGAAUAACAUGAAACUACUCAAAGAACCAGAAAUCUUUGCUAUGGGCAAAGAAUUGAAAGCUGCAGGGCAGGAAGAUUUGCGGGUCUAUAAUAUUUAA